AACGGUUAUGGGAUAUCUAUCUGAGAAAUGAUAAACAUCCUACUUCACACGUAUCUAUGAGUAAUACUGUUUUGCGCAUUGAGAUUGAGAUCUACAUGUUUUAUUGUUAAUAAUCGUUAUUAAUUAUCAACUUAAAUACCAGCAUCAAAAUGGUGUCAGCUGGCAUGACGUGCGUGAAGUAUUUAUUGUUCUGCUUCAAUUUAAUAUUUGCUCUUUCAGGACUAACCAUUCUUAUUGUUGGAGCCCUAAUCCAAUCAUCUUUUCACCACUAUUCUGAAUUUGUAAAUGCUAGUGUCUGGUCAGCUCCUGUCUUGCUUAUUGUAAUUGGCGCAAUUGCGUUUGUUAUCGCAUUCUUCGGAUGCUGUGGUGCUGUGAAGGAGAGCAAUUGCAUGAUCUAUACCUUUGCAGUAUUUCUCAUUGGUAUAUUUAUAUUGGAAUUAUCUGCUGGAAUAGCUGGCUAUAUAAAGCAUGGUGAACUUGCUGAAACCUUGGAAAAUAAUUUUAAUACCAGUAUGAAUUCCUAUAUUGAUGAUAAGCAAACACGUGCAACAUGGGACGUUAUCCAGGAAGAUCUCGAUUGCUGUGGUAUGAAUGGACCAAGUGACUGAAAAAAAGUUUUUAAUAAUGACACAAUUCCAAAAUCCUGCUGUGAUGAGCUCCAAGUGAUUUUGAAUG